CUGAAUUCUUUCAACUAGAGUUAAUUGCCUCCUCGUGUCAAUUUAUUGACUUACCUACCCUAGUUAGUUUAGUUGUGUCGGAAGCAUAGUUUUCCAUUUGUAAUGAUAUAAGGAAUUGGUGGUAGGGGUUUUGUUGUAUUGUUUGUUCAAGCACAUAGAGUGCGUUGCCUCUGUUGGGUCUCCUGCUUUUGCAUAGUCGUGUGAGCAGACAUGCCUUCUCUUAGCAUUUCAACAAAUGUACCUCUGGAUGGAGUCAACACAUCGGGGAUACUUUCACAAGCAAGCAAAUCUGUUGCCCAGAUAAUCGGCAAGCCAGAAGCUUAUGUGAUGGUGCAGCUGAAAGGAUCGGUUGCAAUUUCGUUUGGGGGCACUGAGGACCCAGCAGCCUAUGGGGAAUUGGUGUCCAUUGGAGGGCUCAGCGCUGACACAAACAAAAAGCUCAGCGCAGCCAUUUCCAGCAUUCUCGAAUCCACGCUCUCUGUACCAAAGUCCCGAUUUUACAUCAAAUUCUACGAUGUCAAGGGGUCCAAUCUGGGAUAUAAUGGAAGCACUUUUUGAUGCCGAAAUUCCUUUAAUGCAAGCUACAUCUCCGUGGAAUUGAAAUUGCUUAUAACAAUGGAUGAUGUCUUCUGGUUUAUUCUAGAGUUAAGAGACCUUUGUGUUGUUUUGGCAUCCUAGUUUACUUAUCGUUUACUUUGCCUGCUGUAAACAUGCAUAUCAUCCCCAUUUAUGUGGCGGGAGGGAGGACGCUUUUUUUCCCAUUGUAGACAUGAUAUGAAACAGGCACAGCUUGGUACUAUGGUGUUUGUGUAUUUUCAUUUGUAAAUGCGGAUUUACUUAAAACUCCAUAAGUAAUUGAAAUACAAUUGUCUUGAUUAGACUUUUAGUUUUUA